GGCAGCCUCGCCCGGGGCUGAUUGGCUCCCGAGGCCAGCCCUCGCCCGCGGUUUAUAAGAGUUGGGGUAGCCGGGCGCCCUGCCCGCUCGCCCGCGCGCCCCAGAGCUGCGCCCGGCUCCGAGCGCCCCACGUCGAGGCCCGCCUGGCCCCGCGCCGGCUCCGCGCCGUCUUUGGAGUUGGUGGCGGGCAGAGGCAAGGGAGGGCGCCAGCCAGGGAGGCGAGCGCCGCAGCCAGCCGGCCAAGCGCCAUGCGCCGCGCCAGCCGAGACUACACCAAGUACCUGCGCGGCUCGGAGGAGAUGGGCAGCGGCGGCUCGGGCGCCCCGCACGAGGGCCCCCUGCACGCGCCCCCGCCGCCCGCGCCGCCCGCGCCGCACCAGCCCGCCGCCGCCUCCCGCUCCAUGUUCGUGGCCUUCCUGGGACUGGGGCUGGGCCAGGUGGUCUGCAGCGUCGCCCUGUUCCUCUACUUCAGAGCUCAGAUGGAUCCUAACAGAAUAUCCGAAGAUGACACUCACUGCAUUAAUAGAAUUUUCAAACUCCACGAAAACCCAGAUUUGCAAGACACAACUCUGGAGAGUCAAGACACAAAAUUAAUACCUGAUUCGUGUAAGAGCAUUAAACAGGCCUUCCGAGCAGCUGUACAAAAGGAGUUACAACAUAUUAAAUCACAGCACAUCAGAGCAGAGAAAGCUAUGAUGGAAGGUUCAUGGUUAGAACUGGCCAGGAGGGGCAAGCCUCAUACUCAGCCUUUUGCUCAUCUCACUAUUAAUGCCACUGACAUCCCAUCAGGUUCCCACAAAGUGAGUUUGUCCUCCUGGUACCAUGACCGAGGUUGGGCCAAGAUCUCCAACAUGACUUUCAGCAAUGGAAAACUAAUAGUCAACCAAGAUGGCUUCUAUUUCCUGUAUGCCAACAUCUGCUUUCGACAUCAUGAAACUUCAGGAGACCUCGCCACAGAGUAUCUUCAGUUGAUGGUGUAUGUCACUAAAACCAGCAUCAAAAUCCCAAGUUCUCAUACCCUGAUGAAAGGAGGUAGCACCAAAUACUGGUCAGGGAACUCCGAAUUCCAUUUUUAUUCCAUAAAUGUUGGAGGAUUUUUUAAGCUACGAUCUGGUGAGGAAAUAAGCAUCGAGGUAUCCAACCCUUCACUAUUGGAUCCAGAUCAAGAUGCAACAUACUUUGGGGCUUUUAAAGUUCUAGAUAUAGAUUGAGUCCCAUAUUGUGGAGCAUUAUUCUGUAUUUCUUAGGAUGUAUGGGGAAAAGUUCUAAACAAGCCGAGAAAGAUGUAUAUAGAUGUGAGACUACUAAGGGGUAUGACCCACAAUGGUACAAGGAGACUCUUCCCAUGCUUUUGACUCUGUUGUGAGCAUGUGUAUCUACCACCAAUGGGAGACGUUGGAGUAAAGUGUGUUACAGUCCAAAGGCUUUCUUACAUAAUGGCUUUUACAUUUUGUAAUGAAUUCCUAAAAUUAUACCAGAUUAGAACAAUUAUGGUUGCCUUUAUAUGAAACUGCAUUUGGGCUAUGGGAGGGGGUUAAUUCUCUGGAUCUAGCCUGUGGUUAUGUGCUUCAUGUGGGGAGGGGGUCGUCUAAUUGCCAACUGAUGACCAUCUGAAGGGUUAAGUUCCUUUGAAUGGUUACAUCAUGCUGGAACCUUCAAUAAAUACUUUUUCUAACGAGGAGAGAAAAUAUAUGUAUUUUUAUAUAAUAUCUAAAGUUAUAUUUCAGAUGUAAUGUUUUCUGUGCAAAGUAUUGUAAAUUAUAUUUGUGCCAUAGUAUUUGAUUCAAAAUAUUUAAAAAUGUCUUGCUGUUGACAUAUUUAAUGUUUUAAAUGUACAUACAUAUUUAACUGGUGCACUUUGUAAAUCCCCUGGGGAGAACUUGCAGCUAAGGGGAAUAAAAAUGUUGUUUGGUAAUAUCAACUGUAUUAUACUACUUUACUCUUUUUAACUUAAUAGAUUUUUCAGAUUUGUCAAGUCUGUGCAAAAAAAAUUAAAAUGGCUGCCUUGAAUAAUAAGCAGGAUGUUGGCCACCAGGUGCCUUUCAAAUUUAGAAGCUAAUUGACUUUAGAAAGCUGACAUUGCCAAAAAGUAUACAUAAUGGGCUACUGGAAUCUGUCAAGAGUAUUUAUAUAAUUAUUGAACAGGUGUUUUUUUCUACAAGUGCUGCAAAUUGUAAAUUUUGUGUUGGGUUUUUUUUUUUAUGGGAAAGUUAUCAGUGGCUUACCAGCAAAAAAAAAAAAAAAAAAAAUCCCAUUUUUAAUGUGGUAGGUGAUAUUUUAUACUGUACAGUAAAAACAUUGCUUUUGAAUGUUAAUUUUUUUGGUACAAAAAUAAAUUUAUAAGAAGA